AUGAAUGGCUAUUAUCCCGAUUGGUCUGGAGGAUACUUAGCUCCCGAGUCGAUCGAUUGGAGUAAAUUUGACGUGGUCGAUUUCGCUUUUGCUCUUCCCACUAGUUCUUUCGGACUCGAGUUCACUCAAGACGAUUCAUCCGAUCUUCUUAGCAGACUUGUCACCGGUGCACACGCCAACGGCAAGAGAGUGAAACUUUCCAUAGGAGGGUGGACCGGUUCCACCUAUUUCUCAACAAUCUGCGCUUCGGCGUCUAACCGUAGAACCUUCCUCUCCCACAUUUUGGCGGCGUACAAUGCGUACAACUUGGACGGAAUCGAUAUUGAUUGGGAAUACCCGGGUACCUACGGUGCCAACGGUAACGCAGUCAGUAGCAGUGAUUCGGCAAAUUUUUUGACUUUCCUCACCGAGAUGAGGGCCGCUCUUCCGGAGGGCGCUCUGAUCUCACUAGCGACGCAAGUUUGGCCAUUUGCCGGAAGCAAUGGUAGUCCUAUGUCAGAUGUGAGCGGGUUUGCAGAUGUUAUCGAUUGGAUAUUGGUCAUGAACUAUGAUAUUUGGGGAUCAUCCAGUACCCCGGGCGCCAAUGCACCCCUUUCCGACGCAUGUGGAAACUCUUCUCAACCUCUUGCCAACGCCUACGCCGCUGUAUCAUCCUGGACCCAAGCCGGUAUGCCAGCCAACAAGAUAACCCUAGGAGUUCCAGCCUACGGAUAUCUACAAAAGUCAGAAGCGACCGGACUAAAAGAUCGACGAAGUCAAAUGGGUUUCGGGCGACCGGACAAGAAAGCUUCUCAUGUGACUAUCUAUAACGACAACGGAGGUUCGACGGACGGGCAGGUCAUGUUCGAAUCUUUGAUUUCUCAAGGAGCGUUAGCGCUCGAUUCUGGGGAAUAUGUUGGUAGUGGAGGUUUUACGAGAUACUGGGAUUCAUGUUCAAGUACGCCUUGGCUCAAGUCAACAAAAUCGGGUCAAAUCAUGACGUAUGAUGAUCCUCAAAGUAUGUCUCUCAAAGGUCAAUUUGCAACUCAAGCAGGAUUGAGGGGAUGUAACGUCUUCUCCAUGGACGGGGAUUGGACGGGAAACGGAUGGCCACUCACGGACGCCGUGCGCUCGGGUUUGGGGAAGUAA